AUGUUGUCCGCUCGUACCACUGUUUUGAAAAAACAGUUGAAUGUUCGUAAUUUGGCUUCUGUCUCUCUAACUAGAGAUUCAAAAGUAAAUCAAAAUUUACUAGAGUCUCACUCUUUCAUAAACUAUAAACAAAAUCUAGAAAAUGUCAAUACCGUAAGAGAUAGGUUGAACAGACCACUAACUUACGCAGAAAAAAUCCUAUACGGUCAUCUAGAUGAACCACAUACUCAAGAAAUCGUAAGAGGUACCUCUUACUUGAAAUUAAGACCAGAUCGUGUCGCCUGUCAAGAUGCUACUGCUCAAAUGGCCAUCUUACAAUUCAUGUCUGCUGGUAUCCCAGAAGUAGCAAGACCAGUCACUGUCCAUUGUGACCAUUUGAUUCAAGCUCAAGUAGGUGGUGAAAAAGAUUUGGAAAGAGCAAUUAGUCUAAACAAAGAAGUUUACGAUUUCUUAUCUUCUGCUACCGCUAAAUAUAACAUGGGUUUCUGGAAACCAGGUUCCGGUAUUAUCCAUCAAAUCGUCUUGGAAAACUACGCUUAUCCAGGUGCUUUGAUCAUCGGUACCGAUUCUCACACUCCAAACGCUGGUGGUUUGGGUCAAUUGGCUAUCGGUGUCGGUGGUGCUGAUGCCGUCGAUGUCAUGUCUAACUUGCCAUGGGAAUUGAAAGCUCCAAAGAUUUUGGGUGUUAAAUUGACCGGUAAGAUGAACGGUUGGACUUCUCCAAAGGAUAUCAUCUUGAAAUUGGCUGGUAUCACCACCGUAAAAGGUGGUACCGGUAAGAUCGUAGAAUAUUUCGGUGACGGUAUCGACACUUUCUCUGCUACCGGUAUGGGUACCAUCUGUAACAUGGGUGCUGAAAUUGGUGCUACUACCUCUGUCUUCCCAUUCAACAAGUCAAUGAUCGAAUACUUGGAUGCUACUGGACGUAACCAAAUCGCCCAAUUUGCCGAAUUAUACAAGUCCGAUUUAUUAUCUGCUGAUGAAGGCGCUGAAUAUGAUGAAGUCAUUGAAAUUGAUUUGAAUACUUUGGAACCAUACGUUAACGGUCCAUUCACUCCAGAUUUGGCCACUCCAAUCUCCAAGAUGAAGGAUGUUGCUGUCAAGAACAACUGGCCAUUAGAAGUUAAGGUCGGUUUGAUCGGUUCUUGUACCAACUCUUCCUACGAAGAUAUGUCUCGUGCUGCUUCCAUUGUUAAAGAUGCUGAAGCUCAUGGUUUGAAGGCUAAGUCCAUCUACACUGUUACUCCAGGUUCCGAACAAAUUAGAGCCACUAUCGAACGUGAUGGUCAAUUGAAGACCUUCCAAGAUUUUGGCGGUGUUGUCUUGGCUAACGCUUGUGGUCCAUGUAUCGGUCAAUGGGACCGUAAGGAUAUCAAGAAGGGUGAUAAGAACACUAUUGUCUCUUCUUUCAACAGAAACUUCACCUCCAGAAACGAUGGUAACCCAGAAACUCACUCCUUUGUUGCUUCUCCAGAUAUUGUCACUGCUUUUGCCAUUGCAGGUGAUUUGAGAUUCAACCCAUUAACCGAUAAGUUAAAGGACAAGGAUGGUAAUGAAUUCAUGUUGAAACCACCAACUGGUGAAGGUUUGCCAUCUAGAGGUUAUGACCCAGGUAACAACACUUACCAAGCUCCACCAACUGACCGUGCUAGCGUUCAAGUUCAAAUUUCUCCAAGCUCUGACCGUUUACAAGUCUUGAAGCCAUUUGAAGCUUGGAAUGGUAAAGAUGCUUUGGAUAUGCCAAUCUUAAUCAAGGCCGUCGGUAAGACUACUACCGAUCAUAUUUCAAUGGCUGGUCCAUGGUUGAAAUACAGAGGUCACUUGCAAAACAUCUCUAACAACUAUAUGAUCGGUGCCAUUAAUGCUGAAAACAAAAAGGCUAACUCUGUUAAGAACUGUUUGACUGGUGAAUUCGGUGGUGUUCCAGACACUGCUGGUUACUUAAGAGACCACGGUGUUAAAUGGGUUGUUAUUGGUGAUGAAAACUUUGGUGAAGGUUCUUCUCGUGAACAUGCCGCUUUGGAACCAAGAUUCUUGGGUGGUUUCGCUAUCAUUACCAAGUCAUUUGCUCGUAUUCACGAAACUAACUUGAAGAAACAAGGUUUGUUGCCAUUGAACUUCAAGAACACAGCUGACUAUGACAAGAUUAACCCAGAUGACAGAAUUGAUAUCUUAGGCUUGACAGAAUUUGCUCCAGGUAAGACUUUGACCAUGAGAGUUCAUCCAAAGAACGGUGAAGCUUGGGACUGUGAAUUGACCCACACUUUCAACAAAGAACAAAUUGAAUGGUUCAAGUCCGGUUCUGCUUUGAACAAGAUAAAGCAUGAUAUGCAACAAAAUUAA